CAUGAUGCAGAACAUCAGUGAAGCCUAUUUUCCUCUUCUUUCCUUAUCCAAAAUUCUAAUUCUUUGGGAAGCAAAUAGUUGGAAUGAAAUGGAUAGUCUGUAGCUUAGAAUAAGAAGGCAAAGUAAUUCUUUCUAAAAUAGAUUCCUAAUCUGCUUUAUAUCAUAAAAGUGUUUAGUGCUGUUACUGUCAUAAUCAUCAAACAAGAGGAGAUGAUGAUGAUGUGCAUAUUCUUACAUGGCUAGCCUCACAAAUAUCGAGGGAUAUACCCUGUCUAUUAUUUCCAGGAGGGGCCAUGGCUUAGAUGGAGAGUCCUAGAGUAUUUAAUGCUCAUUUUGAGCUACGCAGACCCAAUUAGGUUACGCGCUCUACUAGACAACUCCCGGCAACAUCCAACGGCCCACACAGUGUGCCAUCUCCCCAAUUUCCCUCACAUGGCUUGGGUUAACCCGGGGCUAUGGUAACAUUCACUCGCCCAUGUUGAGUCGCCGUCAAGAGGAAUCAAACCCCGGUCUCCCGCACAGAGUACGAGAGCUAUAACCACUAUUCUACGGCGCCAUAAAGGAGCUUCAAAAAACAGGUUCACACUUCCCUUGGUCAACACGGAAUUUGGCAAAAAAGCCUUCCCAUUUAGAGCUGCAAAAGUGUGGAAUAAUCUUCCAAACCAAGUGACCUGUGAUGGAAGUCUGCUUUCGUUUAAGACUUCCAUCUCUAAUGUAUUUGGCAAAUUCUAAUGGAGAUCACUUUUUAACUUUUUAAUUUUUGUUUUUUAUUCAAUUUUCACAGAUUAUAAAUGUUACUAUGUUUGAUUGAGCUGAUGCAGUCUAAGGUUUAUCAUUUUUUGUUUCUUUUUUGUUCUAGUGGCCCCCAGUGGAAACAAUCCACUAACUAUAGGUUUUUGUGAUUUUCUGGGCUAGCCACUUUAAAUAUUUAUUAUUAUUAUUAUUAUUAUUAAACUAUUAGUUUAGAAAAUACAAACCAUUGUUUUCUUUACAUGUGUAGCUAUAGUAUCUAUUCACCACCAGAUACUAAACAUUUGUCAUUACAUAAAGAGUAUUUGUUUGGAAUAAAAAUGCAGGCUGUGAAACUAGAUAUAUUCAAAGGAAUAUGAUACCAUUGCUUUUGCAAAACUGUUAUAGAUGUGCAUAUUUUACAUGGCUAGCCUCACAAAUAUUGAGGGAUAUACCCUGUCUAUUAUUUCCAGGAGGGGCCAUGGCGUAGAUGGAGAGUCCUAGAGUAUUUAAUGCUCAUUUUGAGCUACGCGGACCCAAUUAGAGCCCGCGCUCUACUAGACAACUUCCGGCAACAUCCAACGGCCCACACAGUGUGUCAUCUUCCCAAUUUCCCUCACAUGGCUUGGGUUAACCCGGGGCUAUGGUAACAUUCACUCGCCCAUGUUGAAUCGCCGUCAAGAGGAAUCGAACCCCGGUCUCCCGCACAGAGUACGAGAGCUAUAACCACUAAUCUACGGCGCCACAUAUGAUUUCCAUGCUUUAUUUUUAAUACAAUAUGGGACAACAUUUCUCUUCUGUUUUACCUUUUCAUCAAUAACAAGACACUAAUAAUAAUUUGAUCUUUAAAAUGUAAAGUUUUCUUGGCAUAAAAAUUAAAAAAAAUAGUCAAAUGCUCGGACAUACGAACUUUAAUUCUUCCUGCAGUCCAAGCAGUUUGGAAAACGCAUAAAGGUUAGUCCCCUGGCCACUGCUGUUUUUGAUCAUGUUUUAACGGCUGAUCACUCUCCUUCCAUGUUCAGAACUUUUCCAUGGUAACUGCUGAGUUGAAUGACUUUAAACCACUCUGAUGGAGAGCCUUCUUAUGGAGCGUGACCGACCUAUUCUCAACAACACAAUUAAAUCGAUGCCUUUGGAAUUGUUUUAAUAAUUCUUAUUGUUCCACUUUUAUUUUUUGUAUUAAGUAUUUAAUACGUUAGAAACAUAAUUUGUAAAUUAGUGUGAUCAUGCCAACCUCGGAGUUGGCGAAAGCUGACUUGUGAAAAAAUAAAAUAUUUGGAUAUUUGAAUUAUCAUUUUAUUCCACAUCAAUAUUUAACUGAACUGCUCCUUCUGAGUGAAAAUUGAAAUUCUUACUUUUAGUGUUCUUUUCUCAUGUGAUUAAUAUCAGGAAAUCCGUUGUUUUGAGUACGAAUGGUCUCACGAACUUGAUCAAAUAUAUUUAUCGUAUUAUUUAAGAGGGUAAGAUGUGCGCACACAACUUUGUGCUCUUUGGUUAAUUUUAAUUCGAGAUUUGCCGUGAGGGUAUUUGCUUUGACAUUCAUUUGGUCUAAGCUUUUUUGUCUACGAUUCUCUUCUCAUGUUUUAAAAUUUUAUUAUCCAUUUUCAUCUUAGCAAUCAGUGUGUAUAAUAAAAUGAGUGGCAGUAGUGGGGAGGCGAAACUUCCAUGUCCCCUAUUAAUUAUAUCUUUUUAUUUUGUCAUAAUUUUGUGUGGUUAAUUUUUCCCCAUUACUGCAAUCUGUUUUAUUACACACAAUUAUUGCUAAGAUAAAUUGAAUAAUAAUAUUAUAAAUACAUCACAAAAGGAUCUCUGUAUCGUUCAUACAGAUCUGUGAUACAUGGGACAUGCAGAAUAUCGAGAUGCCUGAAACAUAUUUUGACACACCAUUUAUUUUUUAUUUUCUAAUUUUAUUUCCUGUUUACUUAGAACAGCACAGCUCGGCUUAAUAAUGGAAGAAUGCAACACUGGUAAUCGAGUUAAAAAGUCUGUUGAUGUAGCCACUGAAGUAAAGCAUUCUGAUGACUUUUUCAAGACUGUGUCUAUCUUUCAUUAUAUUUGUGUCAUUGUUGGUUUUUUGGCUUUUUGGUAUGUUUGUUUCACUACAAACGACGAUGUUUUUAAAAGGCUUGGUGGUCCUGGUCAAAGGUUAACAUUCUUACGAGAGAACUAUCUUAUUGAAAUGAGAAUUGGCUUUUUCUUCGCAAUACUUUUACACAUUGUUGAGGCACUUUAUGCAGUCAAAGUUGGUAGCGAGUUAAAUCUCUCCCAAGUUGCUAUUCAAAAAUGGGUCAUUCAAACAUCGAUUGUUGGAUACAGUUCGUUACGACAUUUAACAGCCUAUCAGGAAGAAAAAAGAAAGAAGAAAGCGAAAUAGUUUUACUUGUUUGGAUAUAAUUAAUUUUUAUAAUUUUUGUAUUCUUUACUCAAUUUUUGUAUGGUUAGAUACAAAAUUUAUUCUUAGUAAAUUGUCUGUAUCCGAACAUAUGUUUUUUUGCCAAUAAUUUGUAUGUGUUUUCAUUUGAAGAUGAACCAUUACGUUUUAUGUACAAUGAAUUGGGAAAUAAUAAUAGUAGAUUUGCCAAAUAA